CACAAAAAUAAUAUUUAAGAGUUUUUUUAGAUAUUAAUUUUUCCCCAAGAGUCAGGUCAGCAGGGUAACGUACAACUGAAGUUUGUGAUAAAUGCGUCAUAAUAGACGUAAAAAACAAAAACAGAACCCAUAUAACAAACGACACCGUUUUAAAAUAAUUAGUUUCUGGUGUUGUAAUUAAGUUACUAACUUCGCUUACCACCGCCGGCAAUGGAGCUGCCGGAGUGCCCGGUGUGUCUUCAAUCCUUCGACGACCGCGACGCAAUUCCUCGGGUCUUGUCAUGUGGACACUCCGUUUGCGAAGCUUGUCUCGCGGAGCUUCCGCAACGGUACCCGAAUACUAUUCGGUGCCCCGCUUGCACCCAACUCGUGAAGUAUCCUUCUCAACAAGGUCCUUCUUCUCUUCCCAAAAACAUCGACCUCCUCAGAAUCUCGCUCCAACACUCCCCUUCUUCUUCUAAUCAUUCCCACAAACACAACCAACGGUCCACCGUCAAUUCUUGUAACGAUCACUCUUCGUUCUGGUCCCCUGAGUUCUAUGAUGUAUGGAAGAAUUGGAUUCUUCCGCUCGACGCUGUUUUAACUGAUGACCAUUGUCUUGGUCGGUUCAGUUCGUCCAAGGGUAGGGUUUGUUUCGGAGUUAACCGAUGCGUGAGUCUCGCUCCGAUUGCUUGUUUCUCUCCUAGGGAUGACUCUAAGUUUAGGUUUAGCUAUGUUGCAUGGGUGAUUAAGUGUUUGGAGGGGAUGAGCGAGGCUGCGAGAGAGGAGUUAGCAUGGAUUCUUGAAGCUUCCGUGAGACAGAGGAGGGUGUGUUGGGUUUUUGGGUUGUGGAGUGAAGGGGUGGAGGGACCUCUGUAUAUGGUGUGUGAGAGGCAAAGUGGUAAUCUUUUAGACAAGUUUGGUGAAUUGGGAAAUGGGUUUGUUGGUGGGAAUGAGGGUGGUUUGGAGUUGGACAGUGGUGGGAUUUUUAAUUUUUUAAUGAUUGGAAGGGGUAUAUGUGAAGCUGUGCUUUCUUUGCAUUUGGAAGGUUUAGUUGCUGGUUGUUUGGGGCUUUCUUGUUUCUCUUUUGAUGAGCUCGGUGGGAUUUGUGUUGAUUUGAAUGAGGUAUUGGGGAUGGGAAGGCGGUUGCAUGCUGUUUCCGGUAAACAUGAGAAAGAAGCAAUGUCUAAAGAUUGCUUGGAAAAUGAGAUUUUUGUAAGUCCUGAGGUUUUGUAUGAGUUGUUGCACAUGAGGAGAUCUGCUCGAGAUAGUGGCCAUUCGAGAUAUCCAAUUGGGUAUGGCUCAGAUGUAUGGUCAUUGGCCCGUGUACUGCUAUGGCUUCUUAUUGGAAAUGUGCUGCCUCGGAAUACCUUGGAAAUGAAUGAAGAGAGUGAUGGUGAUAGCACAGCUAGUUAUGUGUGUUGGGUGGAGAAAGUUUGUUCUGUGUUGGAAGACAAACUAGGCUCUGAGUAUCUGUCACUGGGGAAGAUUCUUUGCAAAUGUCUGGACGUCAAUCCAGUAAACCGUCCAGAUGUGGUAGAUGUAAGGAACUGCAUUCAGGAUAUGUUAGUCAAACCUCAAUUUGAAUUUCUGGGCAACUUAGAGGUCACAGUAAGUAAGGACAGUACAGGUCGCUGUUUGGUUCUAGGGGAGCUAUCUCUGUUGCCUAAGGAAUGGUCUGACGAACCAAGCGAGCAUGAGUUGCGGGAGAAACAAAUUGAUGGUCAUCCAAAUUUUGUUCAAGAUGGCCAAGACAAGUCUGACGAGUACUCUGCUGCUGGUUUAUCUGGGGGCUUAACUGAACUCAAAGAUCUGCGAAGCCAUCUUGAUUGUGUCAGUGGAUUGGCUGUUGGAGGCGGGUAUUUAUUCAGCUCCUCAUUUGACAAAACUGUUCGCGUAUGGUCCUUGCAGGACCUUUCUCAUUUACACACAUUUAGAGGUCAUGAGAAUAAAGUCAUGGCUCUAGUUUAUCUAGAUGAAGAAGAACCAUUGUGCAUAAGUGGUGACAGUGGAGGGGGCAUAUUUAUUUGGGGAAUUGCUGCCCCUCUUAGGCAAGAUCCCUUAAGGAAAUGGAAUGAGAACAAGGAUUGGCGUUUUAGUGGUAUACACUCCUUGGCUGUUUCCAAAAAUCAUUCUAUUUACACUGGAAGCGGAGAUAGAACAAUCAAAGCUUGGUCAUUAAAGGAUGAAACUUUGAUAUGCACAAUGACUGGUCAUAGAUCCGUAGUUUCCACACUUGCUGUUUGUGAUGAGGUUCUUUACAGUGGUAGUUGGGAUGGUACAGUUCGGUUGUGGAGUCUAAAUGACCACUGUCCAUUGACAGUUCUGGGGGAAGAUACGCUUGCAGAUAUGAGGUCUAUCAUGGCUAUUACUGUAGAUAGGCAUUUGCUUGUUGCAGCACAUGAGAAUGGAUGCAUAAAGGUCUGGAGGAAUGAUGUGUUCAUGAAUUCCAAAACAUUGCAUAAUGGGUCCAUUAUUGCAAUGAGUAUGCAGGGAAAAUGUCUUUAUACAGGAGGUUGGGACAAAAAUGUUAAUAUACAGGAAUUAUCUGGAGACGAGUUUGAACUGGAUGUCAAACCAUAUGGAUCCAUUCCACACAGUUCUGUUGUUACAGCUAUAUUAUACAGCCAGGGAAAACUGUACGUCGGAUAUGCUGACAAGUCUAUUAAGGGAAAUCUCGGUCGUGUUCAAAAGCGUUUCACUGACUUCACGAGCUUGAACUAUUGGGUUGUUAGCGACUACUAUCGUCUCGUGAACUCCGUCAACGCCUUCGAGCCUCAGAUUAAGGCGCUCUCCGAUGAACAGCUGGCCGCGAAGACCUCCGAGUUUCGCCGCCGGCUCGCGCGAGGGGCUACGCUUGCUGACAUUCAAGCUGAGGCGUUCGCUGUUGUUCGUGAAGCUGCUUGGAGAAAACUUAGAAUGCGUCAUUUCGAUGUUCAGAUUAUUGGUGGGGCAGUGCUGCAUGAUGGGUCCAUUGCUGAGAUGAAAACCGGGGAGGGUAAAACCUUGGUUUCCACACUAGCUGCUUAUCUAAAUGCCCUGACCUCUGAGGGUGUUCAUGUGGUAACUGUUAACGAUUAUUUAGCUCAGCGUGACGCUGAAUGGAUGGGACGCGUUCAUCGUUUCUUAGGUCUAUCUGUCGGUCUUAUUCAGAGAGGAAUGAAUGCUGAAGAACGAAGAAUCAACUACAGAUGUGAUAUAACAUAUACCAAUAAUUCGGAGCUUGGAUUUGAUUACCUGCGAGAUAAUCUGGCUGGAAACCGUGACCAGCUUGUAAUGAGAUGGCCAAAGCCCUUUCAUUUUGGAAUUGUUGAUGAAGUGGAUUCUGUCUUGAUAGACGAGGGAAGAAAUCCUUUGUUAAUCAGUGGUGAGGCUAGUAAAGAUGCUGCACGAUUCCCUGUUGCUGCAAAAGUAGCUGAUCUGCUUAAACAGGGCACUCAUUACAAAGUGGAGCUUAAAGAUAAUUCUGUGGAGUUGACCGAGGAAGGAAUUGCUCUUGCCGAAAUGGCUUUAGAAACUAAUGACCUUUGGGAUGAAAAUGAUCCCUGGGCAAGAUUUGUGAUUAAUGCUAUAAAAGCUAAAGAAUUCUAUCGUCGAGAUGUGCAAUACAUUGUUAGAGAUGGAAAGGCUUUGAUUAUCAAUGAGCUGACAGGUAGAGUUGAAGAGAAAAGGAGAUGGUCUGAAGGGAUUCACCAGGCUGUGGAGGCAAAGGAAGGUUUGAAGAUUCAGGCAGAUUCUGUUGUUGUGGCACAGAUCACAUAUCAGUCAUUAUUCAAGCUCUAUCCGAAGUUGUCAGGAAUGACUGGGACUGCCAAAACAGAAGAGAAAGAGUUCUUAAAAAUGUUUAGGAUGCCAGUCAUUGAAGUACCCACAAAUCUUCCUAAUAUUAGAAAAGAUUUACCAAUUCAAGCUUUUGCUACUGCUCGUGGGAAAUGGGAGCAAGUUCGCCGAGAAGUUGAAUAUAUGUUUGGACAAGGUCGGCCUGUCUUAGUUGGAACAACUAGUGUAGAAAAUUCGGAACUUUUGUCUGGUAUGCUUUGGGAAUGGAAUAUUCCUCACAAUGUUCUGAAUGCUAGGCCCAAGUAUGCUGCAAAAGAAGCAGAAGUUGUUGCACAGGCGGGACGGAAACAUGCCAUUACCCUCUCUACAAAUAUGGCCGGCAGGGGCACAGAUAUAAUCCUUGGAGGAAAUCCAAAGAUGCUUGCCAGAGAAAUUAUAGAGGAUAGUUUACUUUCAUUUUUGACACGGGAGGAUCCAAAUGUUGAACUUGCAGGGGAAGCUAUUUCACAAAUGGUGCUUCCAAAGAUAACAGUUGGAUCAUCAUCAAUGGCCUUAUUGGCUAAGACAUCCUUAAUGGCCAAAUACGUAUCCAAAAGUGAGGGUAAAAGUUGGACAUAUCAGAAAGCUAAAUCUUUUAUCUUGGAGGCUAUUGAAAUGAAUCUUUCAUAUAGUUUGGAAGAGCUGGAGAAGCUUGCUAAUGAAGAAUCUGAGACCUACCCUCUUGGUCCAACUGUAGCACUUACCUAUCUGUCAGUUUUGAAGGAUUGUGAAGAACAUUGUUUGAAUGAAGGUUCUGAAGUCAAAAGGCUUGGGGGACUUCAUGUGAUUGGUACAUCUUUACAUGAGUCCCGGAGAAUAGAUAACCAGCUGCGUGGCAGAGCAGGGAGACAAGGGGAUCCAGGAUCAACACGAUUUAUGGUCAGGUAGUAAUAGUAGACUACUCACUUCUCAAUCUUA